AUGCCCGAGGCUCUGGGAUUCUCAGUCCUGUGCCAGGCAUCCCAAGCAUCCUGCACGGACGGACGGACGGACGGACAGACGGACGGGCCGAGGGAGUCUCUCAGGAAGGUUCCUUUAGAGCAGCAGGAAUUUCUGCUCCAAUGGAUAAAGGUCUUCACUUCACAAUCUGUGUGGUUACAGCCGUGCUGCUCCUGAGGGAAUCAAGCCAGGCAGGAGCUGGGAGGAAUGAUGAUGCUGUGAGUAAGGGCACAGACUCACGGGGAGCAGGCGAGGGUCUUCCAACCCUGACUGUCACAACGAUCCUGGAGGAUCCGUACGUGAUGGUGCGGGGAGCAGAGCUGGAGGGAUACUGCAUGGAGCUGCUGGGAGCCCUGGCGGGGAUGCUGCGCUUCCAGUACCGGGUCAAGGUGGUGGGGGACGGCCAGUAUGGAGCUGUGGCUGCUGGUGGCAACUGGACUGGCAUGAUCGGGGAGAUCCUCAGGAGGGAAGCUGACAUUGCAGUGGCUCCACUGACUGUCACCUCAGCCAGGGAAGAGGUGGUGUCCUUCACCACGCCCUUCCUGCAGACUGGGAUUGGGAUCUUGCUCCGCAAGGACACGGCCUCCCAGGACGUGUCUUUCUUCCACUUCCUGUCUCCUUUCAGCAAGGAGACCUGGACUGCCCUUUUAUUCGCUUACCUGCUCACAUGCUUCUGCCUCUUUCUUGUUGCCAGACUGAGCCCCUGUGAAUGGAAUGAGCCAAAGAAUGAAGAGAACCACUUCACCUUCCUGAACAGCCUCUGGUUUGGAGCAGGAGCACUGGCCCUGCAAGGUGCCACCCCCCGGCCCCAGGCCCUCUCAGUGAGGGUCAUUGCUGUGGUCUGGUGGCUCUUCACCCUGGCCCUGCUGGCCGCCUACAUCGCCAACUUCACGGCCCUGCUGAGCUCCGGCAGCGAGCAGCUCCCCAUCCAGACCUUCGAGGACCUGGUCAAGCAAAGGAAUCUGGAGUUUGGGACACUGGAGGGCUCCUCGACUUUCUACUACUUCAAGAACUCCAAGAACCCCAUCCAUCAGAUGAUCUAUGAGUACAUGGAGAAGAGGCGGGAGCACGUCCUGGUCAAGACCUACCAGGAGGCCGUGCAGCGUGUGAUGGACUCCAACUACGCCUUCAUCGGCGAGUCCAUCUCGCAGGACCUGGCGGCCGCUCGCCACUGCAACCUCAUCAGGGCCCCCGAGGUCAUCGGGGCCCGCGGCUUCGGCAUCGCCACGGCCCAGGCAUCCCCCUGGACCAAGCCUCUGUCCAUCGCCGUGCUCAAGCUGCGCGAGGCGGGUGACCUGGACUACCUGCGGAACAAGUGGUGGGAGAGCAGCUGCCUGCGCCAGAGCCGGGACCGCUGGGGGCCCCUGCAGCCACCGGCACUGGGGGGGCUCUUCCUCACCCUGGGCAUCGGCCUCACCCUCGGCAUCCUCGCUGCCCUGGCCGAGCUCUCCAGCAGCAGCCGCCGCGCGGCCGCGCACGCCAAGAAAUCGUGUUGCUCUGUUUUCACAGAAGAGAUCUGCACUCGUCUACGCAUCAAAGGAACUGCCAGACAAAGCCAGGAGACAUCAGGGAAGGCAAAUGCUUAA